AUGGCAAGAACCAAGCAGACGGCCCGUAAAUCCACUGGUGGCAAGGCGCCCAGGAAGCAGCUCACCACCAAGGCUGCCCGCAAGAGCGCCCCCACUACCGGCGGCGUGAAGAAGCCUCACUAUUACAGGCCCGGCACCGUGGCUCUGAGGGAGAUCCGCCAUUAUCAGAAAUCUACUGAGCUGCUCAUCUGUAAGCUGCCCUUCCAGCGCCUGGUAAGAGAAAUCGCUCAGGACUUUAAACGCGGAUUUCAUCUAGCACACACAAAGGCUCUUUUAAGAGCCACCUCACUGUCUCACAGAAACGAGCCUGUCUCCAUACCCUGCACGGAACACUGUUCUGUUUGA